AUGGCACAACCAGUAAAAGUUGGCAUAAUCUCGAUCGGCGAGAUGGGUGUCGGCAUUGCCAAGCUCCUCGCAGCACAUGGUUAUGUUGUUCUCACCAAUAUCACAGGCAGAAGUGAUUACACCCACCGGCGUGCAGCGACCGCACCCAUCACGCUCCUCGAUAGUGACACCGAAUUGGUAGCCCAAGCUGAUUACAUCCUCUCCAUUGUUCCCCCUCGAGAUGCGAUUGUCACAGCGAAGCGAAUUACAUCCGUGAAACAUGGCGAGCGUGCUACCCCACUCUGCUACAUCGACCUCAAUGCAAUUAGCCCCGGCCGUGCGCGUGAGAUCGCCCAGGAAUUCGAGACCAAUGCUCCUCAGGUCAUAUUUGUUGAUGGCGGAAUCGUUGGUGGGCCACCAAAGCCCCUAGAGUCCAGUGGAGACAAUUCUGGAGAACCCGGUGCGGGCUGGAAGCGACCAGCGAUCCCCCUUGCGGGCCCACCCUUACCCAACGUCCACCUCGCACAAACUCUCAACUCCAAAUAUUUGGGUCCAAACAUUGGAGCGGCGAGUGGUCUGAAAUGCUGUUUUGCGUCCCUUCUCAAGGGUCUCAUAGCGCUUUCGAUUCAAUCGUUCAGCACUGCAGAGGCACUUGGAGUCUAUGACGAGUUACAGGGAUUCCUAAAGCACUUCCAGCCUGCGCUUCAGGAGACCACUACUCGAAUGGUCACCGAAAUUCCUCCCAAAGCUGGUCGUUGGAUUGAUGAGAUGUUGGAAAUUGGAAGAUGCUUUGGUGAAGAGGGUGGUUGGGAUAAUGUGACAGGCACUGAAGGUGCGAAUAUCUAUCAACGCGUCGCAGAGCUCUAUCGAACAGUUGCGGAGGACACGGUACUGGGACAGGAGAGACAAGAACAUCGCGUGCGAGGCAAUACUGCUAGUGAUAUUGCGCUAGCAGUGGAAGAGUCACUCAAUCCCAACUACAAGAAAUGA